AUGCAAAUAACCCACCGCUCAACCUGCGUGAUCGUGCCUUACUUCCUCAAAAAGGGAAAAGGAAAAUUCAUCACAAUUGGUUCGACGGGUGGUAUUCGGCCUCGGCCAUGUCUCGUUUGGUACAAUGCCAGCAAGGCAGCAGCUAUGCUGGCGACGAAGAACAUGGCGGUUGAAUAUGCAUCGCGGGGGAUUCGCUUCAACUCUGUGUGUCCGGGGUUUGGAGGCCAUACUCGUUUGAGCUCCCAUUUUAUGGGCAAGAAAAACACGGAUGAGAAUAGGGCGCAGUUCGAGGCUGUGGUUCCUAUGGGCUGUGGAGCUGAGGCAUCAGAUGUAGUCAGCGCGUGUCUGUUCCUGGCUAGUGAUGAAGCGUGUUUUAUGAGUGAGGAUUUAGGUGACGGAGGGAGGUGCGUUUGA